GGAGACUGGUGACACCACAGCACAGCUUGCCCCAAAACAAUGCCAGUGUGCGUGAGCUCUGCCCUUGGCUGGACAUAAGGGUUAUGGGAAUCCAGUAGCGGGCAGACAUCGCUUUUAGCUUUUGAUCGCGAGUUACUAAACGUCCUUGGCGUGAUGGCAUCGGAAGUGGUGUGUGGGCUCAUCUUCAGACUGCUUCUCCCAAUCUGCCUUCUUGUUGCAUGCAUGUUCCGGUACAAUGGAAUAUCAUUCGUCUACCUCAUCUAUCUCUUGCUCAUUCCUUUAUUUGCUGAACCUACCAAAACAACAAUGCAAGGGCACACAGGACGAUUAUUAAAAUCCUUGUGUUUCACCAGUCUGUCCUUCCUGCUGCUGCACAUCAUCUUUCAAAUCACAGUAAAUAGCCUUGAAGCCAGAAAAAACAUUGAACCAAAUUUUAACUGUUCGACGUGGGAAAAAACAAUACGCCAGAUAGGUUUUGAAAGUGUGAAGGGGUCAGAUGCUGGCAAUGGAAUUCGAGUGUUUGCUCCCGACAUUGGCGUGUUUAUUGCCAGCUUGGCUUCAUGGAUAUUUUGUAGGAAACUUGUUUUCAAAACGGUUACUGAAGAUGAUGCGCAAUACAACACAGAGUUUGUAAAUGAAGAAAUGGCUGAAGCAGGAAAGAUGGAGAUGGAUGAUGAAUUAAUGUAUGGGGAAGACCUUGAUGGAGAAUAUGAUGGGAUUGAAGGGGACGAGGAAAGUGCAAAAAUGAAGCUUCUUCGCAAGAUUGCCUCACUUGCUUCAAGACUUAAAGAGAUUAUUGGCAACAUUAUAACCACCGCAGGAAAAGUAGUUAUUACAAUUUUACUUGGUAUAACAGGCAUGAUGCUGCCUUCCCUGACCUCAGCUGUUUAUUUCUUUGUAUUUUUGGGUCUAUGCACAUGGUGGUCCUGUUGCCGAGUAUUUGAUCCGCUGAUAUUCAGCUGUCUAUGUGUAUUAAUGGCCAUAUUUAGUGCAGGGCACUUGAUCGGACUUUAUCUAUACCAAUUGCAGUUUUUUCAAGAGAUUAUUCCACCAGACGAUUUCUAUGCCAGGUUAUUUGGUGUCACGUCAUUAGUUCAAACAAACUGCUCCAGCACAUGGAAGUUCAUAGCAAACCCCAGUUUGAGAUGGUACCAUCACACCAACCCUGUUAUGCUGUUAAUAUUAUAUUAUACACUGGCCACCCUCAUUCGUCUCUGGCUGCAGGAACCUGUCAUAAACAAUGAAGAAAAUGAGGAAAAUGAGGAAGAAGAGAAAGAGGAUGACUAUAAUUCAAGACCCAUGACUGCGGAGAGAAGGCGUAGUCUGUGGUAUGAGAGCCACUACACCACAGAUGAAAGAAAACUUCUUUCCAUGACCAGGGAUGAAUACCAGCCAUCUGAUGUUUUGCUCGUAACAGUUAAUGGCACACCUGUAGAUUACCAUACCAUUCAUGCAGCACUUCCUAUGGAGAACGGGCCGACUAAAAUCGAUAUGUACUCUACACCACAAUAUAAAUGGGACCAUGCAGAAGAAACCUCAGAAAAGAAAGAAGAGGAAGAGGUAGAAGAAGAAUGUGAAGAAGUUGUUUCUCAAGCAAAAGAAAACCCCAAAGUGCAUGCAAUGGUUGUGGUGUUUCAAUUUAUUAUGAAGCAAAGUUACAUAUGUGCACUAAUUUCAAUGAUGGCUUGGAGUAUCACCUACCACAGUUGGCUAACCUUUGUGUUGCUAAUUUGGUCUUGUGCACUUUGGAUGAUCCGUAAUAGGAGGAAGUAUGCCAUGAUUAGCUCGCCCUUCAUGGUGAUCUAUGGGAAUUUGCUUUUGAUUUUACAAUACAUAUGGAGCAUAGAGUUACAUGAUGAACUUCCUGAAGUUUCAGGUGUUCUUGAGCGAAAGAGCCCAGAAGAACUUGCUUCAAAGAUAAUUUUCACAGUUACUUUUUGGCUUUUGCUCAGGCAACAUCUUACUGAGCAAAAAGAAGAAAAAAUAAAAGAGACAACCCUGUCAGAGAUAAAGGUGGGAAGCCAAGAAAAGGAGGAACUGUCGGAACCACUGGAAGAAGAAGAAGUAGAUGAGAAUGAUAUUAUGAAGGUGCUGGGAAACCUUGUGAUGGCAAUGUUUGUCAAAUACUGGAUUUAUGUCUGUGGUGGCAUGUUCUUCUUUGUCAGCUUUGAGGGAAAGAUAGUAAUGUACAAAAUUAUCUACAUGAUGCUCUUCCUGUUCUGUGUGGCUCUGUAUCAGGUACACUAUGAAUGGUGGAGGAGAAUUUUAAAAUAUUUCUGGAUGUCGGUUGUUGUUUACACCAUGUUGGUGCUUGUAUUCAUUUACACAUACCAGUUUAAAUCUUUUCCUCCCCUUUGGAUGAACAUGACUGGAUUAGACGAAGGAAAGCUAGCAGAUCUUGGUUUAGAAAGAUUUAAUCUGACUGAUCUAUUCACGCGUAUAUUUAUCCCAACUUCUUUUCUGUUGGUGUGUAUAUUGCACCUUCAUUAUUUUCACGAUCAUUUCCUCCAGCUAACUGACCUCAAGGCCGUAACCAGCAAACAGGACAACACUAUUUAUAGCCAUGCCAAAGUUAAUGGUCGUGUUUACCUAAUAAUAAAUAGCAUCAAGAAAAAAAUCCCAUUUCACCAAAAUGAAUUGGUGCACCCAGAAGGAAGUUUGGCUGAUAUAACCAUGAUGAACUUAACUACAGAAUCGGAAAUGUUAGCGGAGAAACAAGAGAAACAAUUGGAAGUGUACGCAGGAGAGAAGGAUCAUGACCAGGAUUCAGAUGAUGAGUGGGGCAAAGGGAGUGACAAGCAAAAGGGUGAUACAGAUGAAGAAGAGGAAGGUGAUGAAGAAGAAUCAGAAGAAGAGGAAACAACAGAUUCCAAAAACAAAUGGCACCUAGUCAUUGACCGCUUGACCGUCCUUUUUCUAAAGUUUUUGGAAUAUUUCCAUAAGAUGCAGGUCUUUGUGUGGUGGAUUUUGGAACUUCACAUAAUAAAGAUUGUUUCCUCAUACAUUAUCUGGGUCACUGUGAAGGAGGUUUCCCUACUAAAUUAUGUGUUUUUGAUCGCAUGGGCUUUUGCUCUGCCCUAUUCACAGUUCCGGCCUUUAGCAUCAAGUGUUUGCACGGUCUGGACAUGCGUUAUCAUUGUAUGCAAAAUGUUGUACCAGCUUUCAUCUAUCGAACCUCUAAGCUUUUCUAGCAACUGUACACUCCCAUUUCCCAAUCAAACUAAUGUGGAAAACAGAACAGAACUCAUGAUCUCAGCUCUGUAUAGGGCACCCAUCGAUCCAUCCGGAUGGGUAGGACUAAGAAAAUCGGAACCUCUACUUGCUUAUUUAAGGAACAAUUUACUCAUGUUGGCCAUAUUAGCCUUUGAAGUAACUAUUUACCGGCAUCAGGAGUAUUACAGAUGUAGAAACAAUAUCACUGCACCUGCCACUAAAACAAUCUUUCAUGAUAUCACAAGAAGACACCUGGAUGAUGGACUCAUCAACUGUGCCAAGUAUUUCGUAAACUACUUUUUCUACAAGUUUGGUUUGGAGACUUGUUUCUUAUUGUCUGUUAAUGUAAUUGGCCAAAGGAUGGACUUAUUUGCUAUGAUUCACGCAUUUUGGCUGUUUGUUGUAUUGUACCGGCGGAGAAGAAAAGCCAUUGCAGAGACCUGGCAUAGGUACUGCUGCUUUCUUGCUUGCAUUAUUACAUUCCAGUACUUCAUAUGUAUUGGCAUACCUCCAGCUCCAUGUAAAGAUUACCCUUGGAGACACCCUGGAGCCAAAUUUAACUCCAAUUUAAUAAAGUGGUUAUACUUUCCAGACUUCAUUGUGAGACCUAACCCUGUAUUUCUUGUCUAUGAUUUUAUGUUGUUACUCUGCGUCUCCCUUCAAAGAGAAGUGUUUGAGGAUGAGAACAAGGCAGCGGUGCGGAUCAUGGCUGGAGACAAUGUGGAAAUUUGUAUGAAUCUUGAUGCUGCCUCAUUUAGUCAGCACAACCCGGUUCCCGACUUCAUUCACUGCAGGUCGUAUUUGGACAUGUGUAAAGUGAUCAUCUUUAGUUACCUCUUCUGGUUCGUGCUCACCAUCAUUUUCAUUACUGGAACCACACGGAUCAGUAUAUUCUGCAUGGGGUACCUGGUUGCUUGUUUCUACUUCCUCUUGUUUGGUGGAGAUUUGUUACUGAAGCCUAUACGAAGCAUCCUGCGCUACUGGGAUUGGCUGAUUGCCUACAACGUCUUUGUCAUAACAAUGAAAAAUAUACUCUCAAUAGGAGCAUGUGGCUACAUUGAAUCACUAAUCAAAAACAGUUGCUGGUUAAUUCAGGCAUUCAGUCUGGCCUGUACAGUGAAAGGCUAUCGCAUCCCUGAAAAUACUGAGAACUGUCAAUUGCCGAGUGGGGAAGCUGGAAUCAUAUGGGAUAGCAUAUGUUUUGCAUUCCUUUUAUUACAAAGAAGAGUAUUUAUGAGUUAUUACUUCUUACAUGUGGUGGCAGACAUCAAGUCUUCACAGAUUCUUGCUUCAAGAGGUGCUGAACUUUUUCAGGCAACAAUUGUCAAGGCCGUGAAGGCUCGAAUUGAAGAAGAAAAAAAGUCCAUGGACCAACUCAAAAGACAGAUGGACCGCAUUAAAGCCAGGCAAGAAAAAUAUAAAAAAGGUAAAGAGAGAAUGCUAAGUCUUGUUCAGGAAUCAGGAGAAGGACAAGCCAUUCAUAAGGCUGAAGAGGAUGAUGAAGGAGAAGCAGACAAAGAGAAGGCCAAGGGCAAAAAAAAGCAGUGGUGGCGGCCUUGGGUUGACCAUGCUUCCAUGGUCAGAAGCGGUGAUUAUUAUUUAUUUGAGACGGACAGCGAAGAGGAGGAAGAAGAUGAUAAAAAAGAUGACGAUGACAUAAGAAAAAAAUCUGCUUUCCAGAGAGCUAUUGGAAAGUUUGCUUCCGCCAUUUUAGCCUUACCCAAGUCUGUCAUUAAACUGCCUAAAACAAUUCUUCAGUAUUUAAUCAGAGCUGCAAAGUUUAUUUAUCAAGCAUGGAUUACAGAUCCAAAAACCGCUCUUAGACAGCGACAUAAGGAGAGCAAAGAAGAGAAGAAGAAGAGGGAGAUGAGACGGAAAGGAAUUGUGGAAGGGCACAUUAUAAUAGAAUGUGAAGAGAAAGAUGACGAUCAGGAUCAUGGCAAGAAGAAAUCUGAUGGACCAGAUAAUAUCAUCAAAAGAAUAUUUAACAUCUUGAAGUUCACAUGGGUCCUUUUUCUUGCCACGAUUGAUAGUUUUACAGCGUGGUUAAACUCCAUUUCACGGGAACACAUUGACAUUUCCACAGUAUUACGAAUGGAGCGUUGCAUGCUGACAAGAGAGAUAAAAAAGGGCAAUGUUCCGACCCGGGAGAGCAUUCAUAUGUAUUAUCAGAACCAUAUAAUGAUGAACCUUUCAAGAGAGUCGGGGCUAGACAGGAUAGAUGACCAACCUGGCACAGCAUCCAGUCACCAAAACCACAGCAAGAUGGCAAGUAAAAGGAUGGAUAGUGUAGACUCUCAUGAUAGCAUAUCCAGCUGCUACACUGAAGCCACCAUGCUGUUCUCAAGGCAGUCCACGCUUGAUGAUUUAGAUGGACCAGACACUGUACCAAAAACAAGUGAACGUGUACGACCUAGGCUUCGUAAAAUGUACAGCAUGGACAUGUCUUCCUCAUCUGCUGACAGUGGCAGUAUAGCGUCAAGUGAACCAACUCAGUGUACCAUGGUCUAUUCACGUCAGGGGACAACAGAAACUAUUGAAGAAGCAGAUGAUGAACAGGAGGCAGAAAGAAAAAGUCCAACUAGAUUAGAGCCAGAGGAAGAAUAUUGUCUAGACUUGGAAGCUUCCAGUUACACUCCUGAUACAGAGUUGCCUCUUUAUGCUACAACAGAAGGUGAUAUUCCACCAUCGUACAGUAAAGCUGUCAGCUUUGAACAACUUUCAUUUCAAUCCCAGGACGAAUCUGCGGAUAAUAAUAUGAUGGUUUUAAGUCCAGAUGAAAGUCGCAUUGACAAACUGCACGAUACAAUAUUGCCUCCUCUUACACAUGAGCUAACUGCAAGCGAAUUGCUUCUAAACAAGAUGUUUCAAGAUGAAGAAUUAGAAGACUCAGACAAAUUUUAUGAUUGUCAGCCUCGCUCGCUUCUGCUUAUAUAUGCUCUGUACAAUACAUUGGUGGCCAGAUCAGAAAUGGUUUGUUAUUUUGUGAUUAUUCUUAAUCACAUGGUUUCUGCUUCAAUGAUCACCUUGGUGUUGCCUAUCCUUAUAUUCCUUUGGGCUAUGUUAUCUGUCCCGAGGCCUAGUAAGCGGUUUUGGAUGACAGCCAUUGUGUAUACAGAGGUUACAAUCGUUAUCAAAUAUUUCUUUCAAUUUGGAUUCUUCCCUUGGAAUAAAAAUGUGGAUUACACAAAGGAUAAACCGUACCAUGUUGCAAACAUUAUUGGCGUUGAGAAGAAGGAAGGCUAUGUGCACUAUGAUCUGGUCCAACUCUUGGCACUGUUUUUCCACAGAUCUAUUUUAAAGUGUCAUGGUCUUUGGGAUGAAGAUGACACCACAGAAAACGGAACACACAAAGAUGACACAGAUGAUGAGCUCUCAGAUGCAUCGGGCAGAAGAGAUUCCGUUGGUUCGUUGAAGUCAGUCAACCUCGCAGCUUCAGCUGAAUCCAUCCAUGUUCAUUUCCCUGAGGAAAAGGCAGUCAUUAGGAGGAAGAGCUCUAGCAGUGGUUCCCAUGUGUCCCGCCGGUCCAGUUAUUCGUCACACAGGUCUAAGAGAGGAAGCACCAGUACUCGAAACAGUAGCCAGAAAGGUAGCAGUGUAUUAAGCAUAAAGCAGAAGUCCAGAAAAGAGCUGCUAUUGGAAAAACUCAGAGAGCAACUUAUAAAAGCCAAAGCAUUUACUAUUAAGACGACACUACAGAUCUAUUUGCCAAUCAAACAGUUCUUCUACAAUCUCAUCCAUCCGGAUUACAGUGCUGUGACUGAUGUCUAUGUUCUAAUGUUCCUUGCAGACACUGUUGACUUUAUCAUAAUAGUGUUUGGUUUUUGGGCUUUUGGAAAACAUUCGGCUGCUGCGGACAUUACUUCUUCGCUCUCAGAAGAUCAGGUACCAGAGGCUUUCCUAGUCAUGGUGCUCAUUCAAUUUGGAACCAUGGUUGUGGAUCGUGCACUUUAUCUCAGAAAAACAGUCAUGGGAAAAGUCAUUUUCCAAGUUAUCCUUGUGUUUGGAAUACAUUUCUGGAUGUUUUUCAUCUUGCCUGGGGUAACAGACAGGAGGUUCAGCCAGAACACCGUUGCUCAGCUAUGGUAUUUUGUGAAGUGUAUUUAUUUUGGUUUAUCCGCAUAUCAGAUACGAUGUGGGUAUCCAACCAGAGUGCUUGGCAACUUCCUCACGAAGAGCUACAAUUAUGUCAACUUGUUCUUGUUUCAAGGCUUUCGUCUGGUUCCUUUUUUAACUGAGCUGCGAGCUGUCAUGGACUGGGUAUGGACUGACACCACACUUAGCCUUUCCAGUUGGAUCUGCGUGGAGGACAUUUAUGCUCAUAUAUUUAUCCUAAAAUGCUGGCGGGAGUCAGAAAAAAGGUAUCCUCAGCCAAGAGGUCAAAAGAAAAAAAAAGUUGUGAAAUACGGGAUGGGAGGAAUGAUUGUGGUUCUUUUAAUUUGCAUUGUCUGGUUCCCGUUGCUCUUCAUGUCCCUAAUUAAAUCAGUGGCUGGUGUUACCAACAAGCCUCUGGAUGUGUCCAUUAAAAUAACACUUGGAGGUUAUCAGCCUAUUUUUACCAUGAGUGCUCAACAGAACCAGCUUAGAGAAAUGGAACGGCAUGAAUUUAAAAGGUUUUUAGGCGAUUUUGGGAAAAAUACACCUGCUCUGCAGUUUCUGGAGAGUUAUGGAAAAGAAGAUAUCACUAUAGCAGAACUGGAAGGAAAUUCUAAUUCUUUAUGGACCAUCAGCCCUCCAAGCAGGAAUAUGAUGAUUCAAGGACUACUGGAAUUGAAUUUUGAUUUCUCACUUGUUGUUUCAUGGUCUGUUCAGAGAAAUAUGACUCUUGGGGCUAAAGCAGAGGUCGCUGCUGAAAAAUAUACAGUUUUGUUGCCAAAUGAUACUCGAAUAGAACUUGCCGAAAUGAUGAAUUCGUCACGAUCAAAAGUUAUUCUUCGAGGUGUUUAUCCAUGGUACAUCAAAGCACCGAGUGACUCAACUGCAAAACCCAUCUUGCAACUUCUGGAUGAUCAACAGUUUGUAAAUAUUACUCUUUCACUGAACAGAAAAGAUACAAAAGAAGGCACGCAAGAGUGGUGGGUUGUUAAUCAACCUUUAAAGAAGUUCAACCAAGGAGAUGGUCUACAGCUGUUUGUAUUCAGUGAUAAAGUCAGUCCGCCUAGUCUUGGAUUUUUAGCUGGCUAUGGAAUAAUGGGACUUUACGCCUCUGUGGUACUUGUGAUUGGAAAGUUUGUGCGGGAGUUCUUCAGUGGAAUAUCUCACUCCAUCAUGUUUGAAGAGCUACCAAAUGUAGACCGUAUCCUAAAACUGUGCACAGACAUUUUCUUAGUAAGAGAGACUGGUGAGCUAGAACUGGAGGAAGAUCUGUAUGCCAAAUUAAUAUUCCUGUACCGCUCACCAGAAACUAUGAUCAAAUGGACAAGGGAAAAAAAUAAAUAACAUCCACAAACUAAAUAAAGAAUUCAGUUGAAUACAUCUGAAUUGUUAAAAAAGCACAAUAUUAUCAUAGCUCUUAUAAGAGCUUGGACUCUUGCAAUGAAGAAACAGUGUUUCCUCUCCAAAAGAUCGCAACAAGUUCAUGCCUAUGGAUUGACCAAUUCUUUUUGAAAUUGAAGGAUGAGGAUGAAGAAGUCUAAUUAUUUCGUUUGGGUCUGAAGCCACCAAAAUCACAGUAAUUGUAUUUGAAAGACUUGGUCAACACAUAUUGUCCGGUCAAUAUGUUGAGGCCUAAGGAAAGAAAACACUCCCAAGAACUCAAAGAUAGACUUUAUAAGUUCUUCUUCUGAUGAAGUGACAUCUGUUGGAAUGUGCAAUAUGCUGCUUUAUAUGUCCCUAAACCUUGAAAUGGAAUUCCUAUAAGGCAUCAUUGUGUUUAGACAAUGCAGCAAAGAUGUUAAAAUGGUCGCAAACAUCUUGUUUUAGAAGAAAAGCAGAUUAUUUAUGCAUUACAGCCUCUUCGGACAUAACAGAAGCUAAAGACACAUUACAAAAACAGACAAAAAGACAAUCUUGUUAACUGCCUUAUUUUUAUUUGUACAGUCCAAAAAAAUCCAUUGAUCCUUAAAGACAUUUUUCUCAGGAAAACAAAAAACAUAGAAUUAAAAAAAAAAAAGACAAAAAUAUAGGGAGUGGUUAAGGCCAUUUUCCAUGACUAUUAAAUUGGGAAAAAAAAUGACUAUAUAAGAACUGGCUACAAUGCAUGUCUUCAUAGGUCUCCUUUCUAGACAUUUGACAUUUUGCUUCCAUUUUUAAAUGUAAAAAAUGUUUACAUGACUUAUUCAUAAAAUUUGUACUACAUUUAAAACUGCUUUUUAGGUCCUAAGUUAUUGAUCAUAAUCCAUCACCACCUUUUCCAAAAAUGGCUUUUCUUAAUUUAUUAUUACUGUAGAUCACUCGAGCUAUCAAUGAGGAAACAUUUAGCAUGAACAUUAGAAUCACAACAUGAGAGAAGCAUAUUGGUAAAGAGAGGGACAGCGGACUUUAAAACAGAUUGUUAUUUGCCCUAAAGUUAUACUGUGCACUACUCAACCCA